UACGUCUCAGUGACCGGCGGGUUGCAGUGACAAUUUAAGGGGAGAGUUGACGUAUGUCUCGAUACCCUUGGAAGAGGUAACAUCAGAAUGGAGCUCUUUGGUGUGGAGGUACAUGAUGGAAUGAUGCUCCGGGUACUUCUUUUAUCAUUCCUAGUACAAGUAUCCUUAUCAUCUAGUGCUGACAAGACAGAUUCUUUCAGGAGAUUCAAGCGAUCCACUAACUGCGAUGCUAAGUUCUAUCACAUACCCAGCCAUACCGCCUGUCUCAGCGCGUCGAACACAGCAACAUCCGCUGGUGUUUCUGCAAGUGACCAGACUUUGAUAGUAAACACUCACAACACCUUCCGCAGCUCUGUAUCACCAACAGCGACUAACAUGAGGCAAAUGAGUUGGGAUGAUGAAGUUGCGAUGAUAGCACAGAAAUGGGCGGAGUAUUGUCAGUAUGGACACGAUGAUGGUUAUAGUCGAUACAUACCAGGACGAUUUUCCGUUGGACAGAAUAUCGCAUCUGGCCAUGCUUCUUGGACAGCUGCGAUGAACGCCUGGCAUAGCGAAGUGUCUGAUUUUACGUUGGGAGGGAGUAAUGUCUUCUCUGAUGUCGGCCAUUACACACAGAUUGUCUGGGCUGAAACAUCCAAAAUUGGCUGCGGUUUUGCGGUCUGCUCCGGUUCAAACUAUUAUGUGUGCAAUUACUCGCCAGCAGGAAAUUUCGAUUACAAUAAUCCGUACAGAUCCGGAAAUUCUUGUGCUGACUGUCCGACUUCUUGUAACAACAAGCUAUGUGACUGCGGUGGGAAGGUGUGCCUUAAUCGUGCGCCCAUGGACAUAAAUACAUGUGGAUGUACAUGCAACAAGCCCUACCUUGUCGGAAACAACUGCGCACUUAAUUGUACCGGUUUGGCCUCUGAUCCCAGUGGAUGUGGUACUCCGCCGAAUUUUGUAGCAUCUCGCUGUCCUGACUUUGCAAAUCUGCCCACUGAUUGUCCACUUAUGUGUCAAACCUGCCCGCAUGGUGACAGCUCUGGUGGAUCGGUUACACAAACCUCCACGACAUCUAGCACCACCAGUACCCAGUCCUCCACGACAACUUCUACUACCAGUACCCAAUCUCCUUCUGCCUCUACCCAACAGAACGGAGAUUCAACGACCGACGGGAACGCCGCCUCACGCAGUCUGUGUAACGUCAUAGUCAUGGUUGGAAUGUGUAUAUUGUUCUUUCUGCUUUGAGAAGAAUUGACGGGAACAUCAAAACAACUUGAAUGGAAACGAUAGAUAAUGUACGAAUGUAACGAAGACAUUUAGCAUAGUGUUUGAAAGUUGAAUAUCAACAUUGCCUGCAUAUUCAAAGAAAAGUCACCAACAUAUACAGAAUAUCACCUUUAAGAAAUUUUAUAAACUGACGCCUGCAGCCAGUUUGAUAAAAUGGCUCGGUAAGAUUUCAAAGAUAUGAUGUGACAAGUACGCUUUUCUACUAUAGUAUCUAUACCAACAAAUUAUCAAUGCUUAUCUCCCUUUAUUCAUUGAGUUGAUCAGGAGGUUGUAUAGUGAAAAUCUAACACAUUUACAUGAUUUGGUCAGAGUUGUGAUAGACCCAAUGGUUCUGCCGUAAUAUUUUACAAUAGAUCGGAACGUCAGCUACAACUACGUUCUUAUACCACCAGGCGACGAUUUAUCAAUAGAAUCGUUUGUUGUGAAAAACAGUUUCUGCGUACAAGUAGAAUUAUAAUCAAUAUUUGUAUCUGCUUUACAACUACACGAGGCUAAUUGAUAACAAGUGUCUAUGUUUUAUAUUUUUCGUUAAGAAAAUUAAGGAAUGACGAGUUAAACACAUUGGUAUCAACAAAUUAUUAUUAUGUUGAAAAGGGUUUGUAUUGACAAUCUUUAUUCUCUCUUCACACACACACACACACACACACACACACACACACACACACACACACACACACACACACACACACACACACACACACACACACACACACACACACACACACACACACCCACAUCCACACACACAAUGCUUCUCAAAACUCAACCGUCCUUAUAAGACGCAAAUACAAACACUUCCUAUUUUCCUAUAUUUUUAUAAAUACCAUAAUGGAUGUAUUGUUUUCUUGAAAACAACAAAAUGAAAUGAAAAUAUUGUUGAAAAACGAGAUUUCUUUAUUUAAGGUAUGUUAUGAUGAGAUCCUGUUACUUUAGUUACAUGUACUAGGUGGUUAUUUUGUUAUCUAGGUCACGGUUCUGUAUUAACAUUCCUUUGAACAUUCUUGAAACGCAAUACAUUCAUAAUCACGCACCUAUACAGCAUCACUGUGAUAGUGAUGUUUUUUUACUGUUUCGUUUUGUUAUACAACAGUGAUGCUGCCUCUGAUGAAACAAUAAAACAAAUAACAAUAGUAUAUUACACUAGGACCAAACAACGCCUGGUGUACCAUUUUAAAUUAUCGUUUAAGGCACUGUCGACUUCAUCAUUAAGAUUUUAUUCAUGUCAAACUAUUUAUUACAAAUUUUGUUGAAAUACAAUUACGAAACUAAUUAAUUAAAAUGUCGUCUUUUUCUCGUUUCAGUAACUUCUAAAACUAUAGUUCACAAACAUUUGUUUCGUGUUAUCAUGUACAAUGUAUGUCAUUAAUUAUUAUUAAUAAUUAUUUUUAUGUUUACUGAAGAAUGUACUGAAUAUGCGUUUAAAUACUUAUAAGGUCGUUCCCUUGAGUUUUGCGGUUACAUCAGAAUUAAUUGUUAACAACUGGGGAUUAUUUGUGUGGUAAUACUAUUUUGGAUGUAAAAAUAUUAUUGCAAUUAGUAUGUUGUGUGGUUAUGUACUUGCAAUUUGUAGUUCAACAACAAUUACACAAGUACCUUCGAUAAAUAAAAUCCAACAAAAUCAACUAAGACUGAACAAUCUAUUACCAGUGUCGGGAUCUACAUAUUUUGGUGAUAUACAUAACCGUUUUGCAUUUGGUUAUUGUAUCAAACUGUUUGCGAAGAUUCCCGAAAAUUGUCGAUGGUUACUGUCCAUUUUUGGGACACAUUUUUGUGCCGGAUGCUGGUGAGCCAUUUAAAGGACUAAACAAAUAUUACCUGAAAAAUAAUAAAAUUAAGAUGUUGCCGUUCACGCUGAUUUAGGAUAAAUGUAGAAAUGAAUAUUUUCAAUCAGAGGAUAUCUGCUUGCCAAGAUUAGGUCGGCAUGUUUAUCAAUGUUUACGCAACCUGGUGACACAUUCUGUUACUGGCUAGUUUCAUCAAUUCAUCGAUAACUGUUUUGUUAACACUACCAGGACUUUCUUGUUGUUUGUAUAUGAAUAUACUUUUUAUUAUGUGUUAAGUGUAGACAUCUCAAACGGCACGCGUAAAAAACUUCACCUACAAAUAUAUAAAAGAUUUUUUGGAUGACUAUUUCAUAAUUUGGCUAUCGGAUAAGGAUCUUCAAGAAAUUUUCAAAAUUCUAAAUGAAUUAAACCUAGAUUUAAAUUAUACAAGGGAUUGUAGUAAAAAGGAAUACCAUUUUGGAAUAUAUAUAUAUUGAACUUAUAAGAUGUUGUCACUAAUGUAUGUUAUAAAGCUACAGAUCAUCUUAAUUACUUAGUGGCAUCCCCGACAUAUUUAACCGCUUAAGUGUUAUCGACUGUUACAGGUCUCUUUCUCUAUUUUAUAUUUUUAUAUGUUUUUAAGAUAUACGUAUAUUUAUAAAUUUAUUUUAAUAUAGAUUUACCUCUUUUGAUCUUUUUUGUUUUUCUUCAGUCGCCCCUUCAAAAUUAACAGACCUUGGUAUCACUGGUCAGUCCUAAAAGGACGAAAAAGCUGUAUGAUGAACUAUAUUCGUUGUUUGUCUCUUUUGUAUAUAAUUCUGCUUUUGUAUUGAAAGGUGCUAUUCACUUGUGUGUCUUUAGUACUAUAUUCAAAUCUAUAUCAAUGUUCUAAAAUAUUAAUACCUGCACGGCGUCGUGACUGAGAUCACUACCAGAUGGAUUUGAUUGGAUGACAAGGCAAUGGCGCGUUUCUCUAACAGUAAGCUUCUCUUUGUCAAAACAUCUGCACAAAUUACAUUUGUAAAACUUACCUGUAGCAACAUAUUGUUUUCAGAUUUCAAUCUAAACCUUUUGCUUUGUAACACAUCGGAGAUGUAUUCAAUGAUGUAUAUUGGUGCCUUCUCUUACUCUGUAUAUUGUCAUUGUAUGUAACGUUUAAUGGGAAUAAAUGCAUUAUA